AUGGAGCGGCCCCGGGGAGCUGCGGACGGCCUCUCGCGCUGGCCCCUCGGCCUCCUCCUGCUCCUGCAGCUGCUGCCGCCGGCCGCCGUCGGCCAGGACAGGCUGGACGCGCCGCCGCCGCCCGCGCCUCCCCUGCUGCGCUGGGCCGGGCCGGUCGGGGUGAGCUGGGGACUGCGCGCCGCCGCGCCGGGGCCCCCCGUCCCCCGCUCCGGCCGUUGGCGACGCGGCGCGCCGGCCGAGGACCAAGGCUGCGGCCGCCUCCCGGACUUCGUGGCCAAGCUGGCCAACAACACGCACCAGCAUGUCUUCGAUGACCUCAGUGGCUCAGUGUCCUUGUCGUGGGUUGGAGACAGCACUGGGGUUAUUCUCGUCCUGACUACUUUCCAAGUGCCACUGGUAAUUGUGAGUUUUGGACAGUCCAAGCUUUAUAGAAGCGAGGAUUAUGGAAAGAACUUUAAGGACAUUACAAAUCUCAUCAAUAAUACUUUCAUUCGGACGGAAUUUGGCAUGGCUAUUGGUCCUGAGAACUCUGGAAAGGUGAUCCUAACAGCAGAGGUUUCUGGGGGAAGCGGAGGAGGAAGAGUAUUCAGGUCGUCAGACUUCGCCAAAAACUUCGUGCAGACGGACCUCCCCUUCCACCCUCUGACUCAGAUGAUGUACAGCCCUCAGAACUCUGAUUACCUGCUAGCUCUCAGCACUGAAAAUGGCCUCUGGGUGUCCAAGAAUUUUGGGGAAAAAUGGGAAGAAAUCCACAAAGCAGUAUGUUUGGCCAAAUGGGGAUCAGACAACAUCAUCUUCUUUACCACCUAUGUGAAUGGCUCCUGCAAAGCUGAUCUUGGUGCCCUGGAAUUGUGGAGAACAUCCGACUUGGGGAAAACCUUCAAAACCAUUGGCGUGAAAAUCUACUCGUUUGGUCUUGGGGGCCGUUUCCUUUUUGCCUCUGUGAUGGCCGAUAAGGAUACAACAAGAAGGAUCCACGUGUCAACAGACCAAGGGGACACAUGGAGCAUGGCACAGCUUCCUUCCGUGGGACAGGAGCAGUUCUAUUCUAUCCUGGCAGCCAACGAUGACAUGGUAUUCAUGCACGUAGAUGAACCUGGAGAUACCGGCUUUGGCACAAUCUUCACGUCUGACGACCGAGGCAUUGUCUACUCGAAGUCUCUGGACCGACAUCUCUACACCACCACAGGUGGCGAGACCGACUUUACCAACGUGACCUCCCUCCGUGGAGUCUACAUAACAAGCAAGCUCUCCGAAGAUAACUCUAUUCAGAGCAUGAUCACUUUUGACCAGGGAGGACGGUGGGAGCACCUGCAGAAGCCGGAGAACAGCAAAUGCGAUGCUACCGCAAAGAACAAGAACGAGUGCAGCCUUCAUAUUCAUGCUUCUUACAGCAUCUCCCAGAAGCUAAAUGUUCCGAUGGCCCCGCUGUCAGAGCCCAAUGCAGUGGGCAUAGUCAUCGCUCAUGGCAGUGUGGGAGAUGCCAUCUCAGUGAUGGUCCCAGACGUGUACAUCUCUGAUGACGGGGGUUACUCCUGGGCAAAGAUGCUGGAAGGACCACAUUAUUAUACCAUCCUGGAUUCCGGAGGCAUCAUUGUGGCCAUUGAGCACAGCAACCGUCCUAUCAAUGUGAUUAAGUUCUCCACAGAUGAAGGCCAGUGCUGGCAAAGCUAUGCAUUCACGCAGGAGCCCAUCUACUUCACGGGGAUCGCCUCGGAGCCUGGGGCCAGGUCCAUGAACAUCAGCAUCUGGGGCUUCACGGAGUCCUUCAUCACCCGCCAGUGGGUGUCCUACACAGUGGAUUUCAAAGACAUCCUCGAACGGAACUGUGACGAGGAUGACUAUACCACAUGGCUGGCACACUCCACAGACCCCGGGGAUUACAAAGAUGGCUGCAUUUUGGGCUAUAAAGAACAGUUCCUACGGCUGCGGAAGUCAUCCGUCUGCCAGAAUGGUCGAGACUACGUUGUGACCAAGCAGCCGUCCGUCUGUCCCUGCUCCCUGGAGGACUUCCUCUGUGACUUUGGCUACUACCGCCCAGAAAAUGCCUCCGAGUGUGUGGAGCAGCCGGAACUGAAGGGGCACGAAUUGGAGUUCUGUCUGUACGGCAAGGAGGAGCACCUGACGACAAACGGGUACCGGAAGAUCCCAGGAGACAGAUGCCAGGGGGGAAUGAAUCCAGCCAGAGAAGUAAAAGACUUGAAAAAGAAAUGCACAAGCAAUUUCUUGAACCCCAAGAAGCAGGACUCCCGCCCACAGGGACACAGCUUGUCCCAGAAUCCAGCACCGCCUCCUCUCGGAUACACUGAAAACACACACUUCCUAUCUCCUAACCAGAAGCAGAAUUCCAAGUCGAAUUCUGUCCCUAUUAUCCUGGCCAUCGUGGGACUGAUGCUGGUCACAGUUGUAGCGGGAGUGCUCAUCGUGAAGAAAUAUGUCUGUGGCGGAAGGUUCCUGGUGCACAGAUACUCUGUGCUCCAGCAGCACGCAGAGGCUGACGGAGUGGAGGCUUUGGACACAGCCUCCCGCGCGAAAAGCGGUUAUCACGACGAUUCAGAUGAGGACCUCCUGGAAUAGCUCUUCAGAGGGGCUGGGACCGAGUGUGGACGGAGCCACAGUACCUCCUACACGCCCUGAGGCUCUGACUUGGGGAAAUAAAUUUCCCAUUUCGUCGGACCCAGCUCUGUUUCUGCUGCUUCCAUCCAAGCCCAAAGGACCUACACUAAAGAAUGCAGGGUGGGGGUGGGGAGCCCUGGCUGAUCUCACAGUGGGCUCUGAGAAGAGGGGGGAAAUUUUCAAUUCUUUAACUUUUUGUUUCACGUUCUGUAUUUUGUUAAACGUUUGGGCUUUAGGUUUCCGCUGGUCUGUUUGUCUGUUGAGGGGAAUGAAAUGGGAUGCAAAGGGAUUGUUUCACUGACCCCACUCCUGUGUGCUGUGCCCGCUGCCCAGCCCAGGGCAUCUGCCCACUCCAUCAGCUCAACUCUCACAGCAUACCUGGUGCUGGCCCCGUGCUCUGCCAGUCAUGGGAAGCAGCCUCAGAGAAGGAAGUGACUGGCACCGCCUGGCCAGCUUUUCUCCAUCUGUGGACAGCCCUGCUCAAAGAACACUGCGUGCCAGCCCUGCUGCUCUUCCUCAUGCCCACCCCACCCCCAGCCAUGGCUGCAAGCCACCGUGGCUCUCCUUUCCCACUUAAUUAGGCAAUACCCUUGUUAAUUGCCCUUUGGCAACUAACUUAACCACGUGCUUCCGAAACACUAAAUCGGGAAAACUUACAGGGCAAUAUUCUUAACUUGUGGCGAGGAGGAGGGAGCAACAGAAUUGACUAGCUCUAACACCUACAAGAGCCAGAACUCUGGCUGAUGCUGGGCCCUUCCACGCUGUGCUUUGUGUGUAUGCCAGCGGACCAGCUCUAGGGCAGGGUGCAGGCUUGGCCUGGAAGCCCGCCCAGGCACCACAGUCCCUUGCCUGGAGCUCGUUGGGUGCACGGUGCAGCUCCAGGACAGUCACAGCCUUCCAUUUCCCCCAUCCCCAGUGGUAGGGGCCCAGUGUCGCCAUGGCUGCUUAUUACUUCCUCCUAGGUUGCUCCUGUCCACAGAACCGGAACCAGGAAUGUUUGCAGAUUGGUGGGCUUUCUGAAAAUCAAAGUUAGGUUACCAGUCCCUCCUCCUCACCCUUCCCCUAGUUUUGCCGAGUUACUUGUCAGCUGAAGCCUUUGGCUGACCCCACUGAAGGCACACUUCUAGAUGAUGCCUUGUGGUCAGGCAGUUUGUCUAUCUGAUACUUUUAAAAAUUAAAAAUAGGUGAGAGGACAUUAUGAUGGGUGGAUUUGGGGACAGCCAUCUGGUAAUGGAAAGCUGUGUUGAUUUAGUUUAACACAGCUUGGAUAUUGGCUGUCCAGGAAGACGCUGUGGCCGGUCUCCCUAACCCUGCUGUGCAGAUCACAGUUCCUUCCAUUGGGACAUUUCUCCGUAGAUGCCAUUUUGCUGUUACUCCAUUUUGUGGCUAGAAAAGUCAGUGAAAAGUAAACGUGCCAAACUAACUUUUGUCAGAAUGCAUGAGCAGAUGGCUGCCUCCUCUCCUCCCCAGAAGGAACAAACAGCAGCAGGGAAAGAGGGGGAGGAAGUGGAGAGAGAGAGUUUCAGAGAUGUUGACUUGCAGCUUGAGACACGGAGCUUCAGUUAGAAAAAUAAGUUGGAGUUGUCUCUGUGAAGAGAAUGAAUACCUGUCAAAGCCAGAAUGCCCUGGUCUUUCAGCUUGUUCAUUUUUGUAAUGAUUCUAAAAUUGAAAAUAAUUCCAAAGAUAUCCAUCUCAUGAGUUAUCAAAGUUCCUGUCUACCCUCACCUCCCACCAAAGGGGAAAGACCCAUUUCCACCGUCUGUCGCUCCCAGCACAUCCCUAGGUAGAUGUGGGUAGAUAAACCAAUGUGGUGACCAUCACUAGUCUCUAGGUGGCUAACACUCAUCUCUAACCAUCGAAGACUAGAGCUCUCUGCCUCUAACGGUUUCUGGGAUUUCUGUAGAACUUGGCAGUUUUUGGAUCACUUCGCUUGCAUUCUGUUUGGAGCACUGUGCCGUUCUUGCCAUAGAGCUCAGGAGCCAAAGUCGAGUCGGCCGCCCAGGUCUCCAGAGCUCUGAAACGCGGCCCACAGGAAGGUGAUGAACACUUGCGGCAGAGCUUCUGAUAGGUGACUUGCUGGCUUUGAGGGACGGCUCAGUGGCAGAUCUUUCAGAGCUGUUAUUUGGGUGCCUUUCUGUUUUCGUUUUGGAAAACCACAUUCUGUUCUCUUGCUUCAUGGCUGAAAUAAAAAGCGAUGUAAUCCGGAGCGCGCCUCUCCCUUGGUGGACGGCCACUGUGGGGAGCACAGGCCUGAGUCUCUGCGGGUGAGUCCUUGUCUCUGCCCCUAGCUUGCUGGCUCUGUAGGCUUGGGGACUGCCCCUGCAAUAGCUUUCAGAGUCAGUCAUACUCACAAAUGUGUAACCUGAGCCAGAGGUUCAAGCUCUAAGAAAAAUAAUUGUGGUUUGGUUUGCCCUGCUCAGCCUGGGAGCAUCAUCAUUACUGGUGACCAUACCGUUAUCCUCAGCACUGGGACAGCAGAGGGGAUUGAUUCUAGAGACACGAGCAGUAGAAUUUAGCAUUGCCAGGUAGCUCAGACAUAUUAGAAAGUCCAUAGUGGCCUGAGUUUUAAACCCAAAACUGCUCGCAGGCCCUUGCAGAGGGAGAGCAGCUGCAGGGCUGCUCUGACCACUGAGCCUUGGAGCUCACUGCCUCCGAACUGGUAUUCUGGCGUGCAGACCCAUGCCCGGGCUUCCCUCUAGUGCCCUGCCUGCCCACGCCUGGUCCCCUAGCCUCUCCUCUCUUCAUUGACCACCCUCAGCUCCUUUAAAGCAUGGCUGGGCACACACUAGCCAGUCACCCCUUCGCCAGGAUACUAGGAUGCCCUGAGGGGUGCAGGGCCAUUCCAGUGGGCCCCCCAGCGGAAGGUCUGGCAUGGCGUCACUCAUUUUAUUGCACUACAAGUAAACCAGAUGGGUAGAGUCUUUCGUUCCUCCACUGCUCUGAACAGCCCUGCUCCUAUGCACACUGGCGGAGGGCCCAGCCACUUGUCUGCACAGCCCUCUCCACAUUCAGCAGGGAUGCACAGGAUUGCUGAGGGAGAGCAGGAUGCAGCUUCUCAAUUUUCCAUCACCUUCACACCAGAGGGGGAAAGUAACAUGAACUUUAAUGUCUUUUGGAACAAAACCAAAGUUUAAGAUUUGCCAUAUGAUGUAGUGACAGGGAAGCCCAGAGUCGGCCAGCAGGUGCCAGAUUUCCUGUCUCGUUGGCCAGCGCUCCGCCAGGUGCAGGCUGCCAUGGGGUCACUGAAACCACAGGUGCAGGUUGAUUUCUUGGUUCUAUGUGUUGUAACAAUAGAACUGGAGCAUUAACUUGAAAUUGUCUUCAAGGACUUGCUGUGUGCACUUUUCCACGUUGGUACAUUCUCCGCAUCUGUUUAUAUGGAAUAACACAAGCUAAUCUGUACCUUUAUGUAUAUGUGUGUGUGUACAUAUACACAUGUAUAGACUGUAUAGUGUACAUGUUAAUGACUUACUGGUUGCCCCGAAUUUUCAGUGCCAUCCUCAUCCUCCGCAUGCCCUCAGCUGUGGUCAGGUGACUUCCUGUCCCCUGGCGGUUCUGCCACUUCCCUGUGUUUGAGCCUCCAGGGAGGAGGGUUUGGGCUGCAUUCUCCUUAUCCUCAUGCACAGAAAUGCUCAGGGUCCCCAUGUGCCUGUUGUCCUCCCCUCUCCUCCUUUGUUCCCUUUUCUGAGCAUGUGGCCCCUCCCCCGGCUGGGAGGGGCAGCCGCCUUCCUGGGAAAGUGUGAAGCAGGAUUGCAACCACCACUGCAUGUGCACUGAAACCUCCGGAUCUCCACCCACCUGGGACACGGCAUUGCAUGCGAGGUGGGAUUAUCAAGUUUCAAAGACCUGUGUCAGCUACACAGCAAAGCCAGACCCAUAAUGAAAUCCCACAAAAUGGAAAGAAAACGCAAAUUUUCUUUAGCAUUGUGUAAAUAAAUCUGGAUGUGUUUAACUUUG